AUGUCGGCUGCCGACGUCCACAGUAUCCUGUAUCGGGGUGCUGACCCCAUGCAGCAGAAAUUCGAGCCGCAAAAGGACAAGAAAGUCGCUGUCACUCGCUAUUGGCCGGGAAAAGCUCCAGAGAGGGAAGAUGAAGAUCUCUCGGGUUCCUCUGACGAGGAGAGCGUGGUGACUAAGCAGCAGCGCAUGCAAGCUGUCCUGCAGGAAAGCAGCCGCUUGCACCGCCUUGCUAGAGCAGCCGCAACGAUCAAGCCGGAUCUUGAGCAGCGGCGACAGAUUCACGAAGCGAUUAUCAUUGAAGCGGCGAAGGAGCGUGAGCUCUUGACGGAGCGGAAGGAGGACGAAGAAGAAGAGGAAGAGGAAGAAGAGACAGAUGAUGCCCGCGAGCGACGACGGCGACUGGCGCUGGCGCGGCGACGAGAAGAAGAGAGGAUGUUGGAGCAGCAGGGGCAGCAGCUCGAAGAGGAAGAAGAGGAGGAGUCUUCUUCGGCUUAUACAACGGACAGCGAAGAUAACGAAGAUCCCGCCGCCACCAUCCUCCACAAGCCGGUUUUCGUGCCCAAGGAGAAGCGCGAGACCGUAAAAGAGAGAGAGCGCCUGGAGGCCGAGGAGGAGAAGGAGAAGAAAGAAGAAGAACGCAGGCUCGCCGAGCGCAAGCGCGAGUCGAAGAAGCUGCUCUACGAGGCCCUGCAGAAGGAAGACGAGGAGCUGCGAACCAACAUGCUCAGUCACGAGCUCCAGGAGGACGAAGAGGAAAUGCCAGACGACACAGAUGGGCUGGACGCGGAGGCAGAGUAUGAGGCGUGGAAGGCCAGGGAGCUGCUUCGCAUCAAACGCGACCAAGAAGAGCGCCAGGCGCGCGACAACUUCCUGGAGGCUUUGGAAAGGAGACGACAGAUGACGGAAGAAGAGCGGCGCGUUGACGACAAACAGCUCGAUGCGAUGCAGCCUCGGCGCGAAAUUAAAUACAAAUACAACUUCAUGCAGAAGUACUAUCACAGGGGUGCUUUUUUCCAAGAUCUCGCGCGGAGCGGAGAGGAGCCUCUGUAUCUGCGCGACUACAACGCGCCUGUUGGGGAAGAUCGCUGGGACAAGAAGAUCCUUCCGUCGGCGAUGCGCGUGCGCCGCGGAGAGUUCGGCAAACAGGGCCAGACGAAGCAUACGCACCUGGUCGACGUGGACACGACCGACUUCACGAGCGCGUGGGCCUUCAACAGCAAAAUCAAGGAAAAAACAGACAACAAAAUGGGAGGACGGAAGGGUGCGAAGGAGUUCGACCGACCUGCCGCAAAGAAGAAGUGA